CUUAGCAGUCCUUUCCCCUUUCCACAUUCAGUGUGUCAAGCAGGGUGCAGCUCCUCACAAAUUGCCAGCAUGGACUUUUUACUUUAUGGAGGCAUCUCAAUGAGGAGAGGAAGCUAUGACGAAGCUGCAGCCUCUCUGCGACCUCACUUCCGAAAUUUGGCUCAAAGACGUCGCUCUGCCCCAUCAUUGGUUUUGGGGAAGGCUUUAAGCACACCCUGGUCUCCAAUCAGGGAGGACCCUUCCUGCUGGGUUUCAGUAGAGCACAGUCCGUUCGUUCAUGGCCUUACCAGUGAGAACGGAGAACUGCUCCUGGACGAGAGCGUUCGUGUGACGGAAGGCACGAAAACCAAGGACAGACACCUGUUUCUCUUCAGUGACGUUGUCGUCUUUGCUAAGCUCAAGUCAUCUUUCAGCUACCGUCUGAAGCACCGAAUCAAACUGGAGGAUCUUUGGCUUCACACUUUCCAAGAUGAGACUGAGAACAACAAGGGAACGACAGCAGAGGAGGAUCUCAAUGUGACCCUUGCCUUGGCCUGGGGCUAUAAUUUUUGUUUGGUGUGUUUUUGUUCUCCUGAGGUGAAGACACGUUGGUUUGAAACUCUUCACAGUACAACCCAAGAGGCAAGAGCCAGGGCUGGUUGUGUUUCUUCUUGUCCCGACAUCCUCAUGAAGGUGUUAGGUGGCAUCACUGCUUCUAAAACUCUCAUCGGAGGCGGAAUGGAGCUAUUUGCCAACCUUGAUGGAGAUGUGAAUAGUUCUGCUGUGUCCCAGUUGUCAAAUAAUCAAGAGGACAAGCUGAUGCAGACGCUUGAAAGUAAGUGGAACUUAGUGAGGAAGCUGAGGAAGGGCUCGAGUUUUAUCAGCAAAGCAGCUUCAUCAGACGCAAAAAGUCAGCUUUUUGGACGGCCCCUUUGCCAUGUGUGCCCAGAUGACAACUCGCUUCCUAAACCCAUCACAGAGAUACUGGUGUUGCUGAGGAAAAGGGGGCCGUCAACAGAGGGAGUGUUUCGGAAACCAUGUAACAACAAAAACAUGAGGGACGUCAGGGAGAGGCUCAACAGCGGCCUGGAAGUGGACCUGGAGGCGCAGCCUGUUGCUUUGCUGGUCGGGCUGCUCAAAAGUUUUCUCAAAGAACUUCCUGAGAGUCUCCUGAUGUGUGCACUUUACAACGAGUGGAUAAAUGCGCUCCAGAGGGAAGACAGCCAGCAGAAAGAGCAAGAGCUCAAAAGAGUGGUGGACAAGCUACCUGGGCCCAACAAACUCCUCCUGCAGCACCUUGCCUGUGUCCUCUAUCAUGUCCUUGAGAAUGCCCACCAAAACAAAAUGGAUGCCUACAAUUUGGCGGUUUGCACCGCCCCGACCUUGCUGCAGAUGGAGGUCACGCCACUUGAAGAGCAGAAGGAGGCGAUGAAAAAUGUCACAGAGCUCACGCAAUUCCUGAUUGAACACUUUGAGAUUCUUGGAGAGAAUAUCCCACAUCUCCUGGACACAGAUGAAGAUUCUGUGUCCUCUCAGCUUCACGACUCAGCAUACGACAGCACCGAUCCAGAGGGGGAUGGCGAGGCCGGGGGAAGCGGGUCGUCUCCAUCCCUCAGUCUCAGCGUCACUGUUUCGACAUGUUCGUCCGAUGCCAUCUUCAAUGUCAAGCCCGCCUUCAACCGCCGCUGCUCAGAGCCCACCAUCCUGCCCUCGGUGGAUUCGUUCAAUCUUUGCGGCUAUUCCAGGAGUCAUGAAGACUGCUCCAUUGAGGACUUUGCAGAGCAACCUUUGAAAAAGCCAAUCUCGCAAGAUUCUUUCUGGCAGACGAGGCAAAGAGGAGCCCAGCGAUCUGUUUUGUGCUCUAACAUUGACUCUCUUAGCUACACCCAGAAUCAAAUCAUGGGCUGCUCUAGCUCAUCCCUCGAGAGUGCCGCCUCCAACCAAUCUGAGGGCUCGGUCUUUACCAACUCUCCGGCAAGCUCGCCACCCUGUCCCAAGAAAACGAGCCAUGGCAUCCCAACCUCUUCGAGGCCUCACGACGACUCGUCUGUGAUUAAUGCGGAUGAGAUGAAGCGUUCAAACUCGUUGAGAGCAGCCUGUAAGGUCCUAAUGCGUACACGGAGUUUAGGAGGCUUUGGGCGGACAAGCUUGAAGAAAGAGCAGCGAAAAGAAAAUUCCUCCACUUGUGAAACGCUUCAGGAGGACUCUCAAAGCGAAGCGCUCGCUCCUGCUGAACCCAAGCGCCGGCCACUGUCAGCUGUUGAGGUGUUCAGGCAGGUAGACAGUAAGCUUCCCUGCAAUCCGCCUCCGUAUGAGCAGGCGGUACACACCGUGCCUCUUGUCCCUGAGUACUCUUCCAUGACUGUUUAUGAUGCCAUAGCUCUCGAGAGAAGAUCCCGCCCUUCAUCUUUGAUUUAUUCUUUACCGCCAAGCUACGUCGACAACUGUUGCAUUGAAAGUUGCACACAAGAGGCGCAAAAUGAACGUGAGACACUGAACUUCCGGCACAGGACCAUGUCAGAGUCCGUGUCCACGAUAGGUCAUCGGGAGGCGAUAUCACGAAGCUGCAGCCAGUCUGUGUUUGAGGAAUUUCCCUACGCUAAAGAAUCCUAUGUUUGACUGAGGAUAUUCUACUACUCAAUCUUUGUCUUCAGAGCACAAACCCCAUAACUGUAGGGCCAUUAUUCACUGUGUGUGUUCCACUUUUGGCAGGAAUUUAAUUUCCUGCCAUUAAUUGUGCCUUAGCAGAACAAUGUGGCACCAAUUACUCCCCCAUGGUUCAGUCCUUUUGGUCUGUGAUGUAACUCUGAUGGCCUCAUUACAAAGGGACUGUGUUUCUUGGCAGCUGCCAUUAAAUACGAAGUUUUUGUUUUCUGUGCCUCCGGUGAAGCUCUGUUGGAGGAGGUGGUGUUCAUACAAUGCAAUCUGUUAAUUGCCCUCUUGAUUUCAAGCUAUAUACUAUACUGUAUGUAUAGCACAUAUGUAUAGUUCGUGUACAUACGUGCAAGGGUGUAGGUUUGCAUAGGGACAGUCGGGACAUAACACUACCAACUUUUCAGGAUGCUCAAAUUGUAUCCACCAACUUUUAAGCAACCUUAUAUGCAUGAUAUAAUGAGUUCAGUUCAGUGGUUCUUAACUUUGCUAAAGGCACCGAACCCCAUGAGUUUCACACGUGGAUUCACAGAACCCUUCGAAAUUAGAUUAAUAAAGCAUAUUACAAUUUUUUCCAAAUUUAAAACCAAUAUAUCUAAGCUAUCAAGCUAAUAAUUUAACAAAUUUCCAUUCAAAACUCUUCUCAUUUUGACAGCAUGUUUUAUACACAAGUAAAAAUUUGAGACCAUGCUGCCCAUUGCUCUGUUGUAUUCCCUCAUACCAAGUGUGAGUCAACCUUCCACUGAGCAAACCUGUUGCUCUUCCCAUCAGAUAGAGGACUAGCAGUUAAAAGAAAUGGAAUAAACCUUUAAAUUGGGAGCAAAACAGUCCAAAACCUGGUCAAAAAAUCCGCUUUGCUUGGAUUUGAUCAGCAUCCGAAAAUAGGGCUCUGCGUUUCUUUCCCUCUGCCGAACCCCUUAGACUUACUAACUGAACCCCUGGGGUUCGAUCAAACCCAGGUUAAGAACCACUGGUUCAGUUAAAUAGGUCAAUCAGAUUGUCUUCCCAUAUGUUGCAAAUAUAUAAUUGACCCUAGCAUUAUUAAGUGAACUAUUUGCAUUAUGUUCAAACAAACAUUUACCCCUUUUCACUUGCUGAAUAUGCCGAUCUAUUUUUUCCCCCUCAAACGCACAUUUGCCUUGGCCCACCCCUGACACACACACACGUUCACACUCACAUCGCCCCAAAAGAUUCAUUCCACCUGCUCCACCCCUUUAAAAGAGGAGGAAUAUUAGAAGGUUUUUUUUUUUUCGGCCAGCAGCAGCCACUCCAAUUUAAAAAGACACCAAUAUUGUGGAGGUGGAGAGCACACCACAAAUUUUGCUACUGAAAGUCCGACCUGCAUCAGAGUUAGCAUUACUUUAAACCGUGUAAACUUGUUAACCUGCAAAAUCCGAGUAGGAAGCUGCUUAGAGAGAAGUGUCCAUCUGUUUGUGUAGUGUACUCAGCUGGAAAGAGAGAGGGGUGCUGCAUAACCACAUAUGUUGCUCACACAACACAACAUAUACACAACAUAAUCAUAAUUAGCUACGUACAUUAGAAAAAAAGUUUUGGGGGGAUGCAGCGAGUUACCCACACUAGUGUUGUGAUCGACUGGUCGAUCGUGAUCGAUGUAAUGAGCACCUCUGAUUUAGCAUAUCAAUUAAUUAGAUUUAUAGGCAUGACAUGAGAAAUGUAGCCCUGAACCCCGUUCCCGCAAUCUGUUUGGUCUUAUUAAUGUCCCAUCCCGAGCAAAAAGUGUACAUGGAGGUUAUGCUUUUAUAUCGUCGCUACCAAUGUUGAGGCAAAACCUACGCCCUUGCAUACGUGUCAUUCCAGAGUAGUACGAUUAUAGAGUACAUGUACAUGUAUAAAUGCAUUUUAGUGUACACUGUCAAAUGAAGCUAUUAACGUAUGUUUAUUUUGCUGUAAUAUUUAAUGCAGUACAGUGCAAAAGUCUUUGGGUAUCUCAAGCUGUGUUGUUUGAAUUAGAGGGAUUUUUAUUAAGUAAAUUGCACUUUUGUGUGUUCAUUUUUUAACUAAUAACUAAAUGUGUCAGUCAGUCCAUCUUUUUAAAAAGUAUAUUCAUGUAUGUGACAAAUAAGUGCAUUGAGCAGUAGUAUCACAAAAUGUUUUUCAGUUUAAUGUAGUAUUGAAGUCACAAAUGAUCAUACUGUGUCUAUGGUUAUGUUCAUAGUGCUACGCAACACUAUAAGAAGGGCCUUGGACUUUUGCACUCUACUACUGUGUAUAGCAGUACAGUAGUAUGUGUUGUUCUUGAUUUUUGUAAUGACCUUCUUAUGCCACUACAUUAAAUCACUUUGAGAGAUUAA